AUGGACAGGCGAUUUGUGCACAUUGGCUACUUUUCAUCGGAAGAAGAGGCAGCCAGUGCCUAUGCCGUGGCUGAAAUGAAGAAAGUGAUGGAGGAGGGGGAGGAGGAGGAACAGGAGGAGGAGGAACAGGAGGAGGAGGAGAAGGAAGAGGAGGAGGAGGAGAAGGAAGAGGAGAAGGAGGAGGAGAAGGAAGAGGAGGAGGAGGAGAAGGAAGAGGAGAAGGAGGAGGAUGUGCUGGAAGUGUUGGAGGAGGAGCAGCAGGAGGAGGAGGAUGAGGAGGAGCAGCAGGAGGAGGAUGACGAUGUAGUGGAAGUGUUGGAGGAGGAGGAGCAGGAGGAGGAGGAUGAGGAGGAGGAGGAGCAGCAGGAGGAGAAGGAGCAGGAGGAGGAGGAUGAGAAGAAGCAGGAAGAGGAGGAGCAGCAGAAGGAUGAUGAGGAAGUGGUGGAAGAGGAGGAGGAGGAGGAGGAGGAGGAGGAGGAGGAGGAGGAGGAGGAGGAGGUGGAGGAGGAGGAGGAGGAGGAGGAGGAGGAGGAGGAGGAGGAGGAGGAGGAGGAGGAGGAGGUGGAGGAGGAGGAGGAGGAGGAGGAGGAGGAGGAGGAGGAGGAGGAGGAGGAGGAGGAGGAGGAGGAGGAGGAGGAGGAGGAGAAAGUAGUGGAAGUGGUGGAGGGCGUAGUGGUUAAGGAAGAGGAGGAACAGGAGGAGGAGGAGGAGAAGGAAGAGAAGGAGGAGGAGGAGGUGGAGGAAGUGGUGGAAGUGGAGGGCGUAGUGGUUAAGGAAGAGGAGGAGCAGGAGGAGGAGGAGGAAUUAACAGUGGUGCAAGUGAUGGAGUGGGUAGUGGUUAAGGAGAUGAGGAAGAGGUGA